AUCACUCUUGUUUGCGCGGAAUAUGGAUUGUUCAUUCGAUCCAAUACAAUCCCAUUUUUUCAGUUACUACAAUUCUGGAUAAAAACCACCGAUUUCUCCGCUUCAACACCAUUCUUUCAUCCAUAACCCAUCUGAGAAAAUCCACAAUCAAUUUUAGUCCCCACAAGGGACUGAAGAAACAUAGAUUUCAAACAUAUAUCUUUUGUUUUGUCUUACAUUCUUUUUUUGUUGUGGAAAAAUGGCGCAGUUGAAUCCUACAGAAAUAAAAGACGAUGUUGAUAUCAAGGAGGAGAAGGAAAAAGGAAGUACAACAAGUGGCACUUUCAAAUUCAAUGCGGCGGCGCCGGAGUUUGUUCCCAAAUCUCAGUCCCCGACAAAGGUGCCGAUAACCGGGUAUUUUUACCCGUCAAUUCAAUACAUUGAUGGGAGUGGUGGGAAUUGGAUGUACGUUUCUGAUCAAGAAACGAUCCCCAAUUUGGUUGCUCCAAAUACGAAUGUUAAGGGUCAUUCGGGUCCGUCGCAUCAUCAUCCCAAGGAUGUUCUUUCUGAUGAGCUUAGCCAAAAGAUCAUUAAACAGGUAGAAUAUCAAUUUAGUGACAUGAGCAUGCUAGCUAAUGAAGCUCUGGUGAAACAAGUGAAUAAAGAUCCAGAAGGCUUCGUUCCAAUAGCUGUUGUUGCAUCUACAAAGAAACUCAAAUCCCUCAACAUUAGUCAUCAGUUGGUAGCACAAGCUCUUCGAUCCUCUUCAAAGCUGAUUGUGAGCAAUGAUAGCAAGAAGGUAAAACGUAAAAACCGGUUCACUGAUAAAGACAAAGAGGAGCUGCAGUUGCGCACUGUUGUAGCUGAAAAUCUACCUGACAAUCACUCGCAUCAGAACAUUGAAAAAAUAUUCAAUGUGGUCGGAAGUGUCAAAACAAUCAGAAUAUGCCAACCACAGGAACCUAAUUCUUCGCGAUCUAAAAGCGACUCUAUCAUCAGUCAUAAGCUUCAUGCACUAAUAGAGUACGAGAACACUGAAACAGCAGAGAAAGCAGCGGAGAAAUUAAACGAUGAAAGAAAUUGGAGAAAAGGUUUACGUGUGAGGUGCCUGCUUAGGCGUUCACCGAAAUCUGUGCUCAAGAAUAGGAAGUCAGAUUUCGAUGGCUAUUUAGAUGAUGAAGAAGCUCCGGUCCUUGACCUACAAGAAGAUUCCUCUCAUCAAAAUACCUCGGGAUCAGUUGAGAUUGAAGAAAAUUCAGUUGGGUCUAAGCAAACUUGGGCUAGAGGUCGAGGGAAAUCUAGGCAACGGACUCAACUUCACAGCAAGCGCAGCCUUUCUGUUCCAUCUUCUCAGUUGGGCAGCUCCUUCAUGGGUGAAGUAUCUUCAAGACAGACUCCAAAAGGGCCAAGAAUGCCAGAUGGAACUCGAGGUUUCACUAUGGGCAGAGGGAAGCCAAUUAGCGUUCCCGUCUAGUCUCUUUAAACUCAGUGAGGGCAUAUGAAUCUUUUCUUUUAGUCCUCCUGUUAGUCAGUAUAAACUAUUUUUUUCGAAUUUUUUGUCCUUUACGUUAAAAUGUGGAGUGAGGUGGUAUAUCAAACUUUUCGUCCACCUAUUUUGAAAUUCUAUGUACUCCAUUGUUUUAGACAGAUUAAUAUACUCAAUAAUGCAAACUUUGUUUUGAAA